AUGUGUUCAAAUAAACAUAGAACUAUGUUUACUGUUAUGGUUAUUAUGCUGGUCAGUGUUGUGAGUGCAAACGUUAAUACGACUAAUGAAAUCAACGGACAGUCACGGAUGGCUUGGAUUAAGAGUCUUUUCGAUCACCACUCCUGGUCUGAAAUUCUCAACGGCAACAUUACCCUGCCAACAGCCUGCGAGAAAGACCUUCAAACUUAUCUCACUGCUUUACAAGACGGACAACUUUGGGCCUCAAAAAUAUUCGACGCGUCGGGCCAGUACGGACCGAAUCUACUAUUCGGGAAUGAGUAUUGGCUGGGGUCGUUGAACGCUUGCACGGAGCUUAACAAGAAACAGUACUAUGAGCAAACUCCUCCAUUCGCAACCACAUUUUACGUUGCGAAAAUCAAUGUCACCGUCGACAACUUUCAUCUGCCGCAGAGCAGAUCGAUGCUGUUAGGAGAAUGUGUGCCAGCAUCCUGCAGUGGUGAUGCCCUGGGCGUCUUACUACAAGCGUCGGAACAGGCUACUGUGGCGAAAGCUUCAGCUUUGGGAGUCUCAGCCAGUCUCGUUACGCUAGUAGUCAGACCGGUGCCGGGCGGAUAUGACGUAUACUCCGACAUCAAGUUCCAAAUACUAGGAUCGGUGACUUUGGCAGUCUGUGUACUGAUGUUGGUGGCUUCAUUCUACGAGGGGUACUUGGAGAGAAGAUAUCGGAUGAUCAAAGCUACUAAGGAUCUAGAACUGGCGCAAGAUAAUCAUAAGCCUGGCAAUAACGCCGUGCAAAGCAGUGAGAAAACUCGUAACAAUGGAGACAAAGACCUUCGCAGGGAAACAUGUGGUGUAUGUUCGGAGGUAUUGUUAUCCUUCUCAAUAUUAUCGAACGGUCGUACGAUCCUGAGCACGGACACCCCUAGCGACGGCGCUCUCACGUGUCUUCAUGGAAUGAGGUUCAUGUCGGUGUUAUGGGUGAUAAUGGUUCACACUUACCUGACAAUAUUCUAUGUGGCUGACAACAAGGCGAUGCGUGUCAUCACAGAACGCAGUUUCUGGUAUCAGUCCGUUGGUAACGCUUCUUAUUGCGUCGACACUUUCUUCGUCAUCAGCGGGAUACUUGUCACGAUUCUGUUUUUGCGGACUGAAGAGAAAAAGUCCAAGCCGAAACCAAUCGUGGAAGAUAAACAGGACAUCAACAAAAACAUGAACGGGUUCACGAGCCCCGCGCUCUCCAUUUCAGUGAUCAGCCAAGACACAUUCAUAACUGAAUCAAAGACUAAAUCGUACACCAAAGAGGAAAUAUACAAGAUGAUAAAAUCCUUUAUGAUUUUAUUAUCGUAUCGCGUGGUUAGACUCACACCAGCCUACGCCUUCGUGAUCGGCGUUAAUGAAAUCGCUUUAAGGUACACCCACGAUCACACAGUGUUCGAGCCGGCGAUCUUCGACCAUAUCACCUGCGACAACUGGUGGUGGAGGAACCUAUUGUACAUCAACAAUUUGUAUCCACAACGAGAGAUGUGCAUGGUCUGGUCGUGGUACAUGGCCAAUGACACACAGUUCUAUGUCGUCGGGAUCAUAUUGCUGCUCAUUUCUGUUAAACAUCCGAAAAUCGCGUUCGGGUCAUUAGGCGUGAUCAUGUUGAGUUCUUGGGCGACGACCAUCUAUAUAUCUGUUUGGCUACAGUACAAAGCGAGGAUACAGGAGCCCUUUGAAAUGUUCGACCCUUUAUACGAUAAGCCCUGGUCAAGGAUCGGACCGUAUUUAGUCGGUAUGAUAGUGGGCUGGUACCUGCACAAGACUAGAUGUCAGAAGCGGAUCCCGUACUGGCUGGUGGCGUUGGGCUGGCCGAGCGCCCUCGCCAUCAUCGCCUGUCUCAUCUUCAGCAUGGUCGACGGGUACUUCAACGUGUGGCCCACUGCCUUCUACAUCAGCAUUGGACAUACCGCUUGGGGCGUAGCUAUAGCGUGGGUGGCUGUCUCAUGCUGCAGCGGAUAUGGUGGUCUAGUGAACUCGGCACUGUCGUACCGCGGACUACUGCCGCUGAGUCGGCUCACGUACUGCGCAUACCUCGUGCAUCCAACCAUUAUGAUGUACACAUCCUUCUUACUCGACGGACCAUUUCACAUGGAAAACUCUACCGUUUUGGCGGUUUAUGCGGGGUAUGCGGUAAUGGCCUUCUUAGCGUCGCUAGCUAUUUCAAUCGCGUUCGAGGCGCCGGCCGUCAGACUACUCAAGAUCCUCAGCGGCGAGACAAGGAGAAUGAAGAACCACUGAAAACACCUCCGAUAUACAUAUACUGUAGGCUAUGUUAUAUUACAACGUUUAAUCUGUAAGAUCGUUAAGUAGCAACCGCAU